AUGCUGAGCCCUAAAAUGGAGGAGGAAGAGGAGGAGGUAGAGAGGAAGAUAAAGAAGUGGCCGUGGAUGAAGGCGGCGCAACUAGUAGAGUUUCAGAUGCAAGCUUUGGUUUAUAGAUACAUUGAAGCUGGCCUUCGUGUGCCUCAUCAUCUUGUGGUCCCUAUUUGGAAAAGCGUUGCUCUCUCUUCUUCUUCCUCCAAUUACAGCAACCAUCACUCUUCUCCUCUGUUGAGUGUGGAACAUGAACCUACAAGGUGCAGAAGAACAGAUGGAAAGAAAUGGCGAUGUAGCAACGAAGUCCUUCCGUUUCAAAAGUACUGUGAACGGCACAUGCAUAGAGGCCGUAAACGUUCAAGAAAGCUUGUGGAAUCUUCUUCUUCUUAUGAUGUUGCUGCUUCGUCGUCUGCUACAUCAACCAAACAAGACAACACUUACGGUUUGGACAGUUAUAACGAGAGUGAAAGUGUUCUUCAUGGGACAGUGUCGGUUUCUAGUAACGCUCAGGUUGUUACCAUUGCUUCAUUGCCUAGUGCCAGAGCCUGUGAUAAUGUCACUCCUCCGUCUUUAGUGAUCUCUGAGUCCACAAACAAAAGUGCGAGUCAUGGUGAUCAAAGCAGAAGGAACAUGGAGAUGAGUUAUGAUGACUUCAUCAGUAAAAGUGAGCCGGUUCGAGGUGAUGAGAGGCUGCCUUCUGUUCAAAAGCUCUUUCCUGAGGUAUCUGAUAUAUCUUUAGACGCUGCAAAACUCUCAAGAAACAGGAAGAAUGAUAUAAUAGCAAGAAGCAGGGAGUGGAAGAACAUGAACAUGAAUGUUCAUGGUGGCUUGCUUCCUGGAAUCCACUUUUCUUCUCCAGACACUGUUCUUCAAGAUCGUGGUGGGUUUCGUAUACACAGAGUUGAUACAGACAAUGAGCCAGGAAGGUGCCGAAGAACAGAUGGGAAGAAGUGGAGAUGCAGAAAAGAUGCAUUGUCUGGUCAGAAAUACUGCGACAAGCACAUGCAUAGAGGUAUCAAGAAGAAGACUAACGCACAUGAGAAUCCCGGUUUUAGCCCGUUAACCGCGAGAACAGCUGCUAAAGAUGAACCGAAGCUCUCUGUUUCAGUCAUGGGGAUUCCACUGUCACGAGCUUCUGAUGAAAAGAGCACCAGUAGUUGCAGUACCGACACAACCAUUACUGACACAGCUUUAAGGGGUGGAGAAGACAAUGAGGAGGAGGUCUUGUCAAUGUAUUCCUCGGGUGCUUAA